AUGAUUAUCAAUUUAGCUAUACCAACAUUUCAAAAACAAGUAGAUCUUGAUUCAAAUCUUGAUAUUAAUGAUGUAUUUCAAGAAGCAUUUUCACUUAAUAACAAUUUAGUACUAUCAAUUGAAGUUGGAAAAACUUUUACUAGUUGGUGCGAUAUUGAACAAUACAUUAAAGCUUAUGCUAUAUCACAAGGUUUUGCAAUAAGAUUAGACCGUUCAGAGAAAAGCCUAGGCAUCAUUAUUAGAGCAGAUAUUGUUUGUCGUCAUGCUGGUAUUGCAAAAAAAACAAGUACUGGAUUGAGAACUACAAAGAGCAUUGCAAUUGGUUGUCCAUUUAAAAUAGUAGUUCGUUGGAUUAAUAAUGAAUAUCAUGUGAGAUCUGCUAAUCUUGAACAUAACUAUCCUAUGGAUAUUGCAGUAACUUCAUUUAAUCCUGGAUAUUGCAAAUUAAGUCAUAAUGAAAAGGAUCAAGUAAAUAUACUAUUUAAUAGUGAUGUACCAGUUCCAACAAUUAUUAGGAUGUUAAGUGAACAGUAUAGUAGAUAUAUUCACAACAAAGAUAUUUACAAUUCUUUAAAUCCUCGUUCACGUGACUGUAUUAAGAGCUUGUUACAAAUAUCUGAACUUUUAACCUAUUUACAUAACAAUAGUGAAUAUAAAAUCACUUAUUCAGUUAAUGAUAAUAAGCUUCACUGCUUAUUUUUUGCUACUCAAUCUGCGCUUACAACAUUUAAAUGUUAUCCAGAGAUCAUAUUGAUGGAUGCUACUUAUAAAACUAUCAUUUCGGAAUGCCACUUUUACUUAUUAGUGGGAGAUCUUGCUGUACUUUCUGCAAUUAGAACUGAACUUCCACAUGUUAAGCAUCAACUUUGUACCUGGCACAUAGAACAAAACAUUGUUAAGAAUUUAACUAGCAAGCUUAGUAAUAAAUUUUUAGCAUUCAGUAAGGAUUUUAAAUUAGUUAUAACAGAAACUGUUGAAGAUCAAUUUACUAUUCGCUGGGAUCGUCUGUUAAAAGAAUAUUCUGAAGUUAAUAGUUACAUGGAACAAUGGAAGUCUAUUUCUCAUAUGUGGGCAUACUGUUAUACCAAUAAAAAUAUUAACUAUGGUAUUAGAACGACACAAUGCUCAGAAGCUAGUAAUGCUCAUUUAAAACGUCUGCUUGGUCAUACGGUGCCCUUACCUGAAUUAAUUAAUAUGUUGAAAAAGUUAUCUCAUAAUCAACUUGAACGAUUCCAAUAUCAGCAAUAUCGUUUACGUGGAAGCACCCGUCAACAAUAUACAGAAUUAUUAAAAAAUGUUUCAAUG